AGCGCCCGGAGUGCACCUGGGAGCCCGAGCAGUGGACCGCGAGGCGGAAUCCUCAACAAGUUGGCUUACAUCAAGGUGGAGAAUGACGCGCUGCUGCUGCGCUGGGACGCCCCGGACACCGACGGCGGUUCGCCCAUCACAGUGGCGGACGGCGACCGGUACAUGCUGAUUCUACGGGAGGCGAGACUCACGGACGAGGGCGACAUCAGGGUCAGAGCCACGAACCGAGUGGGCGUGGCGUCUUCCCAGGCCGCCCUCGCAGUCCAAGCACCGCCACACAUUACCUUGCCGCCGCAAUACGAGCAAGGCCUGAUCUUCGACACCGACGAACUUAUUCGACUUCGAGUUCCCUACACGGGCCGACCUCAGCCUACAGCCUCGUGGACACACAACGGCAAACUAAUUGAGGCCGGCGAGCGCCACACGAUGGACGUGUCGGAGAAGCACGCCACGCUGAAGAUCGCCGGCGCCAACAGAAUGGACAAGGGAAUGUAUGCGCUCAAACUGACGAAUCCGCAGGGCGAAGCCUCGGCCUCAUUCUUCGUCACCGUCACGGAUCGGCCGGAUCCACCCAGCGUGCCAGUAAUUACAGACGUGACAGGCACAUCCCUCACCCUCCGCUGGGACCCGCCCGCUGAUGACGGUGGCUGCAGGAUAUCUAACUAUACUCUCGAAUACUUCAGGGUGGGCUGGGACGUGUGGCUCAAGGCUGCGUCCUCUCGAAUCACGUGGACGCAGCUCAGUGACCUGAUCGUCGGCUCGGAGUAUCGCUUCAGGGUUAAAGCCGAGAACGCGUACGGUGUGUCAGAACCCGGGCCAGAAUCCGACCAGAUCCUCAUCGAAGACACCAAGAGCCCCACUGGGUCCUUCGAGUAUGAGACCUACAAGUCCACCACGACAGUUGGAACGUCGCUGCCGCCCGACUCGGCCACGCCCAUGCGAGAUGGCAGCUCGACGCUGGACUUUGGCGGCUCAGGUGAGAGCUCUGACAUAGGUUCUUUCGGCAACACAGGGGAGUCGGCGGAGCUGGCUCGCGGCCUCAGCGCAGGGAUCUCCGAAGAAGCCGAGUCCUCCCUGGGGGGAUCCAGCGGUCGUGAGCCAUCGCUCGACCUCGGAAGCUCAAGCGAAAAGCCCCCAUCGUUCGACUACGGAUCUUCGUUGGGAAAGGGACCUUCCUUCGAAGUCGGGUCGUCGAUGGAGCGCGGGCCUUCCUUCGAGGUCGGCUCCUCCGAUGAAAGAGCAUCGUCGUUCGAAGUCGGUUCAUCGAUGGAGCGCGGCUCUUCUUACGAGCGAGAGUAUAGCAGAAGAAGGCAGGAAGCUCGCCUGGUAGGAAGCUCAGCAGAACAAGCCCAGAGUGGAUAUCUGGACAGAGAUAGUUCUCUGGAGGACCAAGGGGUCAUUCGUGGAACCUAUGAAUUCGGAAGUUCACUGGAUUCCUAUGAUCAGGAGGAACUGAGGCUUAAGGGCCACCUAGAGCUCAGAGGAUCUGCGGGAGGAUCCCUGGAUCUAGGCGGUUCUACAGGGGAGUCGGUGGAAGUCGGAGGUUCUAUGGACAGUGAGGAACCUCCGAUGCCACCCCCCCGUGUGCCUCGAAGGGGAGGACGGUCUCCUGCCAUUCCGCCCACGCAAGCAGAGGAGGACGGUGGUCAGUUGGCGGCCCCGACCCCGCCUCCAAGAAGCCGUCGCCCGGGGUCCAGAGCCUCUACCGUGUCAGAGUCUUCUGCUCUCGGCCUGGAAGAGGGUCAGCUGCCCAUUUACAUCUUCGGGGCGGAGGACGGGCAAGCUGUGGCUCCCACUCCGCCCCCGAGGAGUCGCCGCCCUGGCUCUAGGGCGUCGUCCACGCUUUCCGAGUCACUGGGGGUGGAAGAUCCCUUGUACCUCCAUGGCAUGACGGAGGGCGGCCAGGACCUGGCCCCCACCCCACCCCCAAGAAGUCGCCGCCCUGGAUCUCGAGCCUCCACGGUGUCUGACACGUCCGCCCUCGGAUGGAGCCCUACACCUCCACGACGACGUAAGCGACCCAAGUCCGAAGCGGUAGGAGCCGAGGCUGCGUCCAUGGAGUUCGAGGAGAGCUUCGAGGACUCGCCGACGGCCACCCCGCGUCGCAGGCGUCGCCAGGCAUCGCAGGCCUCCACCGAGACGUCCGAAACCCCAGUCGAGGCCAUCACCCCAACCCGCGGCACCUCCAUCGCCUCCUCCGACGUCGAGUUCGAAAGCGCCCAGGCAGCCCCAGAUAGCACACCCUCGCCUUCGACAUCUGGCGCUUCCGUAACGGCGAGGAUGGAGGCGGUGAAGGUCGCCGCGGGCGGUGAUGCCGUCCUGGUGGUUUCCCUCGAGAACAUCCAAGCGGCCAAAAUCUCCUGGCAGAAAGGAGGUCGUGAGGUGGUGGCGGGCCCUCACUACACUACGACGGAGACGCAGAAGGCGGCGCAGCUCAUCAUCCACGGAGCCUCAUCGCAAGACUCGGGCACCUACACGGCCGUCGUCACCAGGCCUGAUGGCACGCAGGCCAGGGCAGCGGUGGCUCUUGAGGUAGCCUCCAUUGGAUCUCAAGUCAAGGUGGAGGCGCCCAUCUUCGUCAGGACCCUCAGUGACCUGGCGGCGAAAGUGGGAACCCGCGUCCGCUUCCUGGUCGAACUCCGGCAGGCACACGAUGUUAAGGUGUUCUGGUACCACAAUGACGUAGAGGUCACAGAGAGUCCCAAAUUCAGACUACUGCACGAAGGCAACUUCUUCUGCGUUGAUAUAUCUCCCUUGACCGUCGCUGACGAAGGGCCAUGGAGAUGUGUGGCAGAGAACUCCUCGGGUCAAGCCUCGUGCAGCGCUCGGCUCAGAGUCGUCGUCCCGAAGGGUUACAAGGCCCCAGUGUUCCUCGAGGAGCUGGAGGCCAUUCUGACGACCGAGGGCACGGUGAGCUUGGAGUGCAAGGUGGUGGGUGUGCCGACGCCCAUCCUCAAGUGGUACAAAGAUGGCAACGAGAUUAAGGCUGGUGAUGUGUUCGCUCUCACCGCCAACCCCGAACCCCGACCCCCUCGGACUUAUACCUGCGAGGCCGUUAACUGCAUGGGUCGCGCCAUUUCCUCCUCCAGGGUGCGGGUCUUGGCUAGGGACUCGCUUGGUGUCCCAUCCAGGAAAGAUCGCCGUUCUCCGACUCCAGUUGGUCCUCCACCAAAGAUCCUUGAGGAAGUACAAGACAAAAAAGUUAAGGUCGGCGAUAAGGCAAGAUUAACCUUUAAAGUGGAGACGCCGCCUGAAGUAUUAUCUGUAACGUGGUAUAACAAUGGGCACAAGAUCGAACUGAGUGACAAGUACAGAUUAAGCGACGAAGGAGGUGGGCGCUACAUGCUAGAGAUACAACCGGUAGAGCUCGGAGACGACGGCGAGUGGAAGGUCGUCGUGAAGAACGAGGGAGGAUAUGCGUCUUCGCUCGGCAAAAUCACACUAACAGUGCCAAGAAACUACAGGGGACCGCGGUUCUUGGAGGACCUGCGUGCACUGUUGACCGAGGAGGGCCUCGUCUCCUUCGAGUGUAAAGUUGUGGGUUACCCGACUCCUCUUCUGCAGUGGUUCAAAGAUGGCCAAGAACUGAAACCUGGUGAUGUUUACCAGCUUUCAGGCACUAAUUCCCUCGGUAAAUAUUCAUGCAUUGCGAAAAAUUGCAUGGGUGAGGCAAAAUCUACGGCAGAGCUUACCCUUGAAGACAUCAAGUCACACUUGAAUGAGGAGGAGAAGGAGCAGCUCCUAGCAACCAACAUUCCACCUAGGUUCAUCCAGGGCCUGAAGAGCCGAGACGUUAAGAUCGGUGAUCCCAUAAGAUUAACAGUACAAGUAACAGUAACGCCAGCCCCUGAAGUGACUUGGUAUCACGAGGACGAGAUCAUAGUUGAAUCUUCCAAGUAUCAUGUGUCUAAAGAGGAUCCUGGCAUUUUCCACUUGGAUGUAGAUAACCUGGAAGUGUCAGAUCAGGGAGAAUGGAAGUGUCUAGCAAGCAACGACUUUGGCCAUAGCGUCACAGCAUCCUCCGUCAAGCUGGUUAUUCCAAGACACUACAAAAAGCCUGUGUUCCUCGAGCCCCUGCGGGCUGUACUAUCGCAAGAGGGAACUGUGAAUCUAGAGUGCAAGGUGAUUGGUGUUCCUCAGCCAGUCCUUAAAUGGUUCAAGGAUGGCACGGAGCUCAAACCGGGUGACAUCCAUAGAAUCAUUAGUGGUGAAGACGGUACCUGCUGCCUUGGGACCUAUACUUGUGAAGCUUAUAAUGUUAUGGGUUCUGCUUCAUCCUCUGCAGCUCUUCUUGGCUUCGAAGAUAAACUUAUCCAGAAGGAGAGCGACAAGAUGGCAGCUGCAAUGGCACUUGCUGAUGCACGGGGCAUUGCCAGAAAUCCAUCUCUUUCGACCAUCAAUGAAGAACGUUCCUCACAGAUCUCUGUUUACGAGUCGGCAGUGUCAGAGGCUUCGUGUGAGGACGAGAAGGCUGAUAUAUCAGUAAGCAUCGAUGGCAGAGAAGUAUCGCUCUCCCUCUACGAGACACCAGAUAUAUCUGAGGCAGAGGCUAGACAAAUUGCAGAAAUUUAUGCGGAUGAAAUAUCUGAUCGUCUUUCAGCUCAAGAGGGCAAUCAAGCAGAACUACCUCCUCUCCGAUUCACAAGAGAAACCUCUCGAAAGGGUCCACUUAUCAUGGAAGCAAUGGUUAUUGAUGUAGAGAACCAAGCUUUCGAUGAAUACAUGAGCAUGUCUGAUAUAGUUUAUGAUGAUGCACGAACAGAAGCUGAUGUGGAAGAACUGUCAGCAAUGGAAGCAGUAAUGGUAGAGGAGCGCGAAGCACUCCGUUCUGAUAUUGCAGAUUUGCCUGAGAUGGAAGUAUGGAAUGAGGAACAAUUGUCUCCACAAACUGUAUCCAUGGAGGGCAUGGGUGUUGCUCAUAUCAGUGAAAAGAACAUAAUGCAAGCUGAUCUUCGUUCACUUAGUGAGCAAGGUAUCAGUAUGCUGCGCACACAUGCAGAAGAAGGCCAGGUUCUUGGCAAGGGAGAAGCUAUAAUAGCGGAAGAGCCACAGGUUAUGAGUGCUGGUGCAAAAUCUAUCAAAACUGAUAAAGGUCUUCGUGCCAAGGCAGAGCAUAAAGAUACCCCUGGCCUUGCUGUAGCUCAGGCACAACAACAAGAGGUAUUAACUGGCCUUGAGAAAAUUAAGGAUGAAAAAAUCGAUAGAAGACAAGCCAAGAGAUCGAUUGAGACAAGGGAAGCUAUGACGACUGAAGAACAACAGUUCCUCUCUGAGACUGGUACACUGCCUGGUGCUGCUGAGGUAAGCAAAGAAACUGAGCGAUAUCCAAGCUUUGUUACCCAUGAAGCUGUCGCUGUUAGUUCUCGUGAGGCAAUGGAACAAGUCAAAGGUUUAGACUCAGAAGAACGUCCUUCUAAGAAAGUAAAGAAAGCUGCUGUUAAGAAGACUCAGAAACCAGGCGAAACUGCUGUCAUCCAGUCUCCUGAAGUAUAUGAAGGGGAAGCAAAACCGAUUUCUGAUAAGCAAGUUCAAUCUGAACAUGCUAAAGCUGUUCUUCAAGGGAAAGAAGGCCUCAAGGUCACCAGUGCUGAAGUCAUGGAAGACGUAGCUACUUUCCAAGGUCAGGUUGCUCAAGCUCAACAAGCUCAGGUGAAGGAAGCCAGUCAGCAUGAAGCCCUGGUCAUGGAAGAAGCAGAAGUAGUGAGUGGAAUGCCAAAGAGUUUGAAAGUGAAGCAACCUAAGGCACAGAAAGCAAAGGUGAUCAAAAAGACAGCAGUAGGGGUAGCUCAGCAGGAAGCUCAGGAGUAUUAUACGGCUUCACAGGACCAUCCACAAUCUUCCCACGCUGAAGAAACUGAAGCUGAUGUAAGUGAAUUCCAUUCCAUGUUAGAACCAAUGCAACAGUCUGAACACUAUGGCUAUGAACAUGCCGAGGUAUUUGAAGGAAUUACGCCAGAGCAACAAAGAGCUAUGCAGUUAGAUCCUAGUUAUCGAGAAGCUGUUGCAGUUGCUAUCAGAGAAGGUUACUUCCAAGCUGAGGACCUGUCACUUUUGAGUCCUGAGGAGACUCAAGCUCAACUUCACCAAACACUCCAUGAGGCUGUUGAAGGUUAUGAGCAAAUGGGAAUGUCUGGCGAUAUCAGGGACAUGCCUGACUACAUGCAAGGAGUAAGUGACAGAGCACAAAUGUUAACUGAUACUACAAGGGAAGCUGUUAUGAUUCAAGAAGCAGAUGUAGACUAUGCUAAUCUCAAUGUAUUUAACAAAGAAGAUAUGUCACAAAUGCUAACUGUUGCUGAGGAACGAAGUGGAUCUCUAGUUGAAUGCAUAGUUGUGCAAGAGGCUGAUCUACAGUCUGAAGCUGCUAUUGUGUCACAGAGGCCUGCUGCUCAUCCUGAAAGAGCUGUGGCUGGCAUUGUUGAAGGUGCAGGUGAGUCUGCCACUGUAGGUGAACCACCUUUAGUUGCAGGAAUGUCUACAGCAAAGACAACUGGGGAAAUGCAAAAAGUAACUGAACCUGGUGAUAAAAAACGGCCAGCUGAUGAACCAGUUUCAGAAGAACAAAAGAAAUUAGCUUCAUCAGCUGACAAAGAAGCUGAAUCAGCAGUAAAGAAAGUCAAACUUGAUGAGGAAAAGCCACAAGAAGGAAAGGAUAUUAUUGCUGAAGCUCAAAUGGAAGGAGUAACCCUCACACCAGAGCAGAUUCAGGCUCGGAAAGAAGAGCUCUUGGCACGAAUGGAACACCUUCUCUCAGGAAAAGCUGAAGGAGAACUGUACAGAACUCCUAGUAGUGAGUCACUAACUACAGAAUCAUUAGAGAGUGAAGAACGUAAGCAAGUGAAAGUGAUUGAUAAGUCUGCCAAAAAAGGAACGGAUGUCCAAGAUCAAGAUGAACAGCAGGCCGAGAAGAAGAGAGGUCUAUCACAGGAAAAGACUGAGCCUCAAAAGAGAGGUUUGUCACAGGAAAAGACUGAGCCUCAAAAGAGAGGUUUGUCACAGGAAAAGACUGAGCCUCAAAAGAGAGGUUUGUCACAGGAAAAGACUGAGACUCAAAAGAGAGGUUUGUCACAGGAAAAGGCUGAACCUGAAAAAAGAGGUCUGUCACAGGAAAAAACUGAGCCUCAAAAGCGAGGUCUGUCACAGGAAAAGACUGAACCUGGGAAAAGAGGCCUGUCACAGGAAAAGACUGAGGCUCAAAAGCGAGGUCUAUCACAGGAAAAGUCUGAGCCUGAGAAAAGAGGCCUGUCACAGGAAAAGACUGAGCCUCAGAAGAGAGGUGAAUCUCAAGAGAAAACUGUAUCACAGGAAAGAGGAGUAUCACAAGAAAAAUCUAUAUUCCAGAGGAGAUCUGCUUCUCGUGAAAAGUCAGUCACUGAAGCUGAUGCUCCAAAGGAGGAAACUGGGUUCUUCAAAAGGCGUUUAUCAAAAAAGAGAGGGUCUUCAGCAGAAAAAACAAAACCUGCAGAUGGCACAUUAUCUCCCAAGAGAGGGUUGUCGAAAGAAAAAUCUCCUCCUCAGAUGAGAGAUAGUUCGCAAGAAAAGUCAAUACACGAUGAAAAGUCUGGGUCACAAGACCUUAGUGAUAAGAAAGAUAAACCAGAAGAAAAGAAAAAGAAGGGCUUUAUGUCUGCAUUAACAAGCAAAGUUUCUGAAAUGAAGACUGCAAUAACAAGCAAAGUCUCAGAAAUCAAAACAGCUAAGGUGGAAGAAGCCGACCAAAAAGGAGAAACUGUUGAAAGUUUGAAAUCUGAAGACAAAGCACAAGAACAGACUGCAAAGUCCAUUGUAAAUAAAGACACAAAAGAACUUACAGUAGCAGAAGCUACUGAAAUACACAGAGAAGAGGUAGCUGUUACUAGCCAACAAGAUAUUACGAAAGAAUCCCAGAAAGCUGUCACAAGUGUAGUUUCGGAGAUGCUCACCGCCGAUCAACAGAUUGUACAAACUAAAGAAGGCUUAGCAAAUCAAGGCGCACCAGAAUCUGUUGAAGAAGAGCUAGCUAGGAAGAGAAAAGAACUUCUGUUGAAGAAACAAGAACUUUUAGCAAAACAGUUAGCUGCAAUGAAAGUUCGAGAGACAAGUGAAGAACCCACUAGUGAACUAACUUCCACUAGCGAAAUUAGUGCUGAUUCUGCAAGUGAGUUAGAGAGUGUCCUAGAAAUGAAAGAGCCUAAAAUGUCUGGAAAAUCUGCCAUUGGGCAAGUGAGUAUCACUGUGAAAGAUGAAUCAGCAAAGUCUGAGAUAGAAAAGAAAAUCAGUCAGAUUGACAGCAAUGCACAAGCAUACAUAGAGAGUACCACAACCUCUGAUGCAACUCUGUCAAUUAAGAAGAAAGAAAGUGCAAAUGAGAGAAGUGAAGAAUCAGUUAACCUGAAUAUAGACCUAAGCUCACCCUCAGGCCUUCAAGAAAAACUUAGUGAGAUUGAAACAUCAUUAAGAGAAGUCGAAAUGAAGCUCCAAAAAGAAGGUGGGCUUGUAGAAGCUACAUCAGUUGAAGAAAUUAAUGUCUCCGAAGGUAUCGCAGACCUCAAAGUACAGGAAGGAAAGAAAGUCAGUGUAAAGAAAGGAAGCUUAAAACUUGAAGAAGGUACGGAAGGAACUGCAGCAAGUGAGAAGAAGAGCAUAACUACAUCUGAAGAUAUUAAAGCCAAGAAACAGUCUGCAGUUAUUUCAGUUGAAGCAGAACAAAAGGCAAAGGAAAAUGAAGACGCAAAGAAAGUUCUCAAGAUUGAUGCCGAAACAAAGAAAGAGGCUGAGCCUGAUACCACACCCAAGAAAAAGACAGAGGUUGAUACCAAAGCAAAGAAAGAGUCUGAAGUUGAGAGCAAGGUAAAAGAAGGUGCUGAACCUGCUGCCAAGGUAAAGAAGGAAGAAGCUGAUUCUAAACCUAAGAAGGAAGCAGAAAAAGAAACUGAAGUUGGUGGCUUAGCAAAGAAAGAUGCUGAGGUUGAUACUACAGCAAAGAAAGGAACUGACAUUGAUACUAAGAUGAAGAAAGAAGGUGAAGUUGAUACCAAGGCAAAGAAAGAGGCUGAGGUGGAUACCAAGGCAAAGAAGGAGCCUGAGGUGGACUCCAAAGCAAAGACAGGAGCAGGGAUUGAUAUCAAAGCAAAGAAGGAUACUGAGGUUGAUACCAAGGCAAAGAAAGAGGCUGAGGCCAAGGCAGAGGAUACCAGGGCAAAGAAAGAGGCUGAAGUUGAUACUAAGGCAAAGAAAGAGGCUGAAGUUGAUACCAAGGCGAAAAAAGAGGCUGAGGCCAAGACAGAGGUUGAUACCAAGGCUAAGAAGGAGGCUGAGGUGGACUCCAAAGCAAAGACAGGAGCAGGGAUUGAUAUCAAAGCGAAGAAGGAUACUGAGGUUGAUACCAAGGCAAAGAAAGAGGCUGAGGCCAAGGCAGAGGUUGAUACCAAGGCAAAGAUAGAGGCUGAAGUUGAUACCAAGGCGAAGAAGGAUGCUGAGGCCAAAGCUGAAGUUGAUACUAAGGCGAAGAAAGAGGCUGAGGCCAAGGCUAAGGCAGAGAUUGAUACCAAAACUAAGAAGGAGGCUGAGAUUGAUACCAAGGCGAAGAAGGAUGCUGAGGCCAAAGCUGAAGUUGAUACUAAGGCGAAGAAAGAGGCUGAGUCCAAGGCAGCAGUUGAUACCAAGGCAAAGAAAGAGGCUGAGGUUGAUACCAAGGCGAAGAAAGAGGCUGAGGCCAAGGCAGAGGUUGAUACCAAAGCCAAGAAGGAGGCUGAGGUUGAUGCCAAGGCGAAAAAGGCGGCUGAGGUUGAUACCAAGGUGAAGAAAGAGGCUGAGGCCAAGGCAGAGGUUGAUACCAAGGCAAAGAAAGAGGCUGAGGUUGAUACCAAGGCUAAGAAAGAGGCUGAAGCCAAGGCAGAGGUCGAUACCAAGGCAAAGAAAGAGGCUGAGGUCGAUACCAAGGCAAAGAAAGAGGCUGAGGUCGAUACCAAGGCUAAGAAAGAGGCUGAAGCCAAGGCAGAGGUCGAUACCAAGGCAAAGAAAGAGGCUGAGGUCGAUACCAAGGCAAAGAAAGAGGCUGAGGUCGAUACCAAGGCAAAGAAAGAGGCUGAGGUUGAUACCAAGGCGAAAAAAGCGGCUGAGGUUGAUACCAAGGCGAAGAAAGAGGCUGAGGCCAAGGCAGAGGUCGAUACCAAGGCAAAGAAGGGGGCUGAAGCUGAUAUCAAAGAAAAGGAAACAGCAGAGGCUGAUACCAAAACUAAGAAGGGGGUUGAGGUUGACACCAAAGCAAAUAAAGAAGCCAAGGAAGAUACCAGAGACGAGAAGGCCAAAUCCCCGGCAGCCAAAGAGCGGAAGAGGUCCAGCCUGAAGGAAGAGGACGCCAAGGCUCUUAAGGAAAGAGAAGGAGAGCAGCUCCGGAAGGAGGAAGCCAAGAAAGCCAAGUCUCCUGAACUGAAGGAUGGAAGGAAACCCAGCGUGAAGGACGAGGAAGCUUUGGCUGCAGGUAAAAUCCCCUCAAAGGACGAAGCAACGAAGGCAAAAUCACCAGAAAAGGAAGAAAGGAAGAGAUCAAGUCUAAAGGAUGGCGAUGUCAAGGCUGUUAAGGAAAUGGAAGACAAAGAAAAGAAAAUUAUAUCAGGUGAGGAAGCCAUGAAAGCCAAGUCUCCAGAACGUAAAGAAAGAAAGAGAUCCAGCCUUAAAGAAAGUGAUACCAAGGCCGUUCGUGAAGCAGAAGCCAAGGUCGUCUCCAAGGACGAAGAGAGAGCGUUUAAAGAGGAAGCGAAGAAAUCAAAAUCUCCUGAAGCUUUGGAGAGAAAGCGGUCAAGCAUAAAAGAGGUCGAUACCAAGGCGGCAAAGGCCAAGGAGGAAGAGAAAGCCAAAUCUCCUGAAGCCAAGGAGAGGAAGCGGUCUAGCAUAAAGGAAGCAGAUGCUACCAAGGCAAGGGAAUCCGUUUCGAAGGAAACCAAAUCACCCGAACCUCCGGCUAGGAAGAGGUCCAGUCUGAAGGACGCUGAUGUUAAGCUUGCCAAAGAGACGGUGGAUGAGCCAGGAAAGGCAAAGUCACCCGAGCCAAAGCCCAGAAAGCGUUCCAGCAUCAAUGACGGCGAAAAGGCGAGAUCAAAGUCUCCCGGAAAGAGGGCCAGCCUGAAAGAAAACGAAAUCGAAACUGCCAAGCACAAGUCUCCAGAAGCGCCAGACAGAAGGAGGAAGUCGAGAGAGGCCAGUGAGGACAUGACAGCUGCUCGAGGAUCUGAACUCAGGAAACAGGAGGAAAUACUAAAGGGAGAAAAGGACGAAGCGCAAGCGAUACGCGCCGCUCAAGAGAAGAUGAGAAGGGAGGAAGAGAAGUUACUUGAGAAGCAAGAGGAAGAACGAUCCAGGAGAGAGAGUGAGAUGCGCAAAUCAGAGAUCGAGAGACUGAAUAAAGAGGAGAAGGAAAUUGCUGAGAGAAGGAGAAGAAGAAAGGACGAUGAAGAAAAAGAAAGGAUUGAAAAACUAGAUAGACUAAAGAAAGAAGAACAAGAAAAAAUAGAGAGACUGGAAGAAGCAGAAAGGAAAAAGAAAUUAGAGAAGAGAAAAGAGGAACUGGAAAAACAGAGAAAAGAGGAAGAAGAGCGUAUCAAUAGAGAAGACGCCGAGAGACGAGAAAAGAAGAAACAAAGGCGAAGGGAAGAGGAAAGACGAAAGAAAUUGGAGGUGGAAAGAGAAGAGAAGAAGAAAAAGAAGCAACAGGAGCGGGAAGAAGAGGAACGCAUGCUCAAGGAAGAAGAGGAACGUAGAAUGGAAAGGAGAAAAAAGAGGGAAGAACAAGACAGACUAAUUGCCGAGGAAGACGCAAAGAGGGAGUCUGCAUUCAAAAAGAAGUUGGAAGAGGAGAAGAAGAGGCUCGAAGAAGAGCUGCGUGGUCGUGAGGAGAUGAAGAGAAAGAGAGAAGAGGAGUUGCGAUUGCAGGGAGAGGAGUUCCUCAAAAAGGAAGAGGAACGUCGCCUGAAGCGCAUGGAGGACCGAAAACGCAUGCAAGAGGAAGAGGAGCAAGAGCACCGAGCGUCCGAGGAGCGCCGAAGGGCCGAGCGAACCAAGAGGAGGAUCGAAUACUCUGAGAAAGAGCUCAUUGAUGUCGAUAGAUACGGCUCCUUGGACCGUCGAUCUCGGACUCAGACCCCGGAUAUGGGCCGAGGUCGCGACCCCAAGAGAAGACCCAAGUUCAGCACGAGGCUCCAGGACCGCCAGGUUGUGAAAGGAUGCCGAGUCCGCAUGACCUGCAAUAUUAUAUAUACGCCAGAGGAAGAAUCCCCAGAGAUUGAGUGGUUCAAGGGAGGUUUCCCUAUCAAGGAUGAUGAGAGAAUUAAGAUAUCCUACUAUGAAGGCGUGGCGUCCUUAGAAGUACUGAAUGCCAGUCGCUUUGACUGCGGCGAGUACACAUGCACAGCUAAAAACCGGCAUGGGCGCGUCUCCACCACGUGCGAUCUGAGGGUGAAGGGUGAGGACGAACAGAAGCCUAGCCCGCCCACCUUCACUACAAGCCUCAGAGAUCGCUUCGUGAUUGAAGACGAUCAGCUGGUCUUGUCCUGUCACGUGAUAGGCUUCCCCCAGCCAAAGAUCACGUGGUUAAAGGACGCAGACAAAUUACCUGCUUCCCCACGCUUCCAGACUUCCAUUUCGGAGGAAGGAGUGUGUAAACUAAUAAUCACCUCUCCACGAGGAGCAGACUCGGGCAAUUACACUUGCCAUGCUGAAAACCGCGUUUAUCGCGAUGAAAUUUCAGCGAAUAUACAAGUUCAGGCUCUCAUGGAAAGAGAACGAAGCAGCGACGGGCGGCCAGACGACAGCGAGGUUCCGAGGUUCAUCAGUGAGCUGUGUGACCAAUACGUUGAGGAAAAUGGCACGCUCACACUCCAGGUCGAUGUAGCAGGGUCCCCUCAACCGGAAGUGUUGUGGCUGUUUAACGGCCGGUCCCUACAUCCUUCCGGCAAGUUCAGGAUCUCUUCUACAGGCCACACACAUACCCUCAGCGUUUUCCAGGUCACAAGCAAAGACCUAGGUACUUACUCCUGUAGGAUUACAAACAAAUAUGGAUACGCGUAUACCUUGAGUACAGUGAGCUUCGGGACGCCGAGGCCCCGUCGCGGCUUGGCUGCCCCGGGUGGCGACCUCGAUCUGCGGGCGCCGGUAUUCGUCAGCCGCCCAGAGAGCAUGGUCACAGUGUUCAGGGAUGAGGAAAUCACGUUGACAUGCACUGUUCAUGGCGAACCUACUCCUAGGGUAUCGUGGCUUAAGGGCACCUAUGACGUAUCGAACACCACGCGUGCUCACAAGACUGUUAAAGAGAACACACACACCCUCGUAAUCCGUGGCGCGCAGUUCACAGACUCCGGCACAUACACGGUGGAGGCCAAGAACUCCCAAGGCACCGUCAGGGCCUACGCUAGUGUCAAGGUACGCGAGCUGUACAGGUCCCGCAGCUACUCCCCGCGUGGCAGGGAAGAGAGGUAUCCAAUCAAGUUUGAGAUUCCGGAGAGAAGAACCUCAGGCCGAUUCAUUAGAGAUGUGCCAGGAAAGAUUGCCGCUCCCAACGCCACAGACAUUGGCAAGACGUGGGUGUCACUCAGUUGGGGAAGACCCGAGCAGACAGGCGGCGCCCCCGUCACCGCCUACAAGGUCGAGUCUUGGAUCCUGGGCGAAGAGGCUCGCUGGACAGAUUUGGGUGUUUCGCCAAUCCCCUCCUUCGAUGUGUACAAUCUGAAAACGGACCGUGAAUAUCUGUUCCGUGUGACCCCCCGACGAACACAGUACGGCUGGGGCGAACCCGCCAUGACCCCCAGGCCUGUGAGGGUCGGCAGGAAGAUUGAGACUCCGACCCUCCCUCGCUCACUCCCGUCGCAAGUCCGAGCAAUGCCUGGUGGCAACAUCUGUCUCGAUGCUCAGGUAACGGGAGAGCCCAUGCCUGACGUCCGCUGGUACAAGGAUGGCGCCUGCAUCGACAUCAACCGGUACCCGAGGUUCUCCUCGUUCUCUUCCGAGGGAUCGAUGCACAACAUCUAUGGUUUAGUGACCAAGGUGUCGCUGAUGAUCGAGGACCUAUACAACUGGAGAGGACGAAGGCAAGUACGAGCUGGAGGUGCAGAAACCCCGGCGGCCGAGUCACCUCCUUCCACCCAGAGUCGCCACCCACCACCGACUGCUCCGUUCUCGAGGCGCAGGACAAGAUUAAUAGGUGAGGGAUGUAUGGAGUCUGUGCCCACCAUGGCGCCUCAGUUCACCAUGCGGUUGAGGGAUCGCCGAGUCCAGGUGGGCUUCCCUGUACGCCUCACUUGCCAGAUCGUCGGCAUCCCCAAACCCGUCAUCACCUGGUACAAGGAAGGCAUCCUCAUGAGUCCCGAUGACUGCCAUACCAUGUGGCAAGAAGACGGACAUUUCUACACUCUUGAGAUCUCUAAUUCCACACACGACGACGCUGCCGUCUACUCCGUGCGCGCCUCUAAUCCCUACGGUUCUGUCAUGUGCCGCUGCCGCCUCGUCGUUGAUUCUGGUCUUACGUCGUACAUCUCCCCAAUGUUCUUACGCGAACUGGAGGACCAAAGCGUGCGCGAGGGAUCGACCAUCACUCUCCAGACCGUGAUCGAGGCUUAUCCGACCAUCGGGGUCGUAUGGCACCGCGACGGCCAGCGCAUCCGCCCCACGAGGAAGCACUCCUUCAACCUGGACGCGGACGGCAUCGCCACCCUGACGAUCCGCGGCGCCGACUACACGGACGGCGGCAUAUACACGUGCACGGCCAGCAACGAAAUGGGCCACAUCGAGUCCAUGUGCCGCGUGUCCGUUUCUUGCACUGACUCGGACUUGGCGGCGAAGAAGAGAUUGACUUCCAAACUCACCCACCCAUGGCUGAGCAAGGAGCCCAUGUUCGUGCGGAAGCCUCGCGCCAUCGAGGCCGAGGAGGGCGACCUGGUGAUCAUCGAGUGCGAGGUGGCGGGUGACCCCAAGCCCGACGUGACCUGGCUCAAGGACUGGAUUAAGGUAAGUCUGGACAGCUUUUCCAGUACGAACUGGUAGAGGACUUUAAAAUGU